AUGACACGAACAUGCCUUCAUAACUUUAAGAUGCCGUAUCGGUCAUAAGUAAAUGUCAGUAGAAAGACAGUGACGAAACGUGAUAUAUGAUCAUUCGAAAUGGAAGCUAUUCAAAACUUCUUGAAAACUCAGUAUAAGGAGGUGAGCAUUGCUGCAUUGUGCAUUGUGGGGGCAGUUUUGGUAAUCAAACGGCUGAAGAAACGAGAAAAGAAGAAUUAUCCGCCGAACACCAUCAUUCACCAUCAGGUGGGCCGGGGACCUUAUGCUCCAAGUCAAUCGCCGUUUGCCGUGAAGCUGGAGACCUAUUUACGGAUGGCAAAAGUCCCAUUUAUGAAUGAACAUGAUAGUCUGACCAACAGAAGUUCUAAAGGUAAAUUUACCUGGAUAGAAUACAAUGGACAAGAGGUAGCAGACUCGGAAUUCUGUAUCCAGUUUAUAAACAAAACAUUCUGCAUUGAUCUAGACAAGAACUUCUCUGGUGAGGAAAUCGCGGCAGGUAGAGCCAUUCAAAGGAUGGUAGAUGAACAUCUAUAUUGGACAUUGGCUCUACAACGCUGGGUGUUUGACCCGAAGAACGGAAUUGACUCCGGAAGAAAACGCCAGGGAGUGCCGUGGCUCGUGUUUCUUAGAGUCCGAAACAACAUAAAGAAACAGAGUUAUGCACAGGGGGUAGGCAGACACACCGAGAAAGAGGUGAUGCAAGUGAUGGAAGAAGAUCUACAGACCCUGUCAAAGCUCCUAGGUAAGAAGAAAUUCAUGUUGGGUGAACAUGCCAGUCAGACUGAUUGUUCCGUGUUUGCAAUAUUAUCUCAGAUUCACUGGCAGGACUUUGGAGGUGCAGCAAAGAAGGUGUACAAAAAAUAUCCCAAUUUGAGCGCUUACACUGAACGUAUGAAGGAGGAGUUCUGGCCAGACUGGGACGAUUGUAUUACCCGCGGUGGGACAAGGAAAGCUCCCAAGUGAUUGCAUGUUGGAAAACUGCAUCCAGAUUAAUGUUGAAGGACGAAUAAAUUUUUCUCCUAAUGACCA